AUGACCGAUAUUCCUGGUGGAGCUCGUGGAGCUCCAACAUACGGCACCUCCUACUCCACCUCCGGCCCACCACGCCGCUCUUCCUACGCCUCCGUCCUGUCGGGCACCGCUAUCUCUCCUCCAAUCUCAGGCUCCUUAACCAACCUCAUCCACGAUCCCAACUUAUCCUCUUACCCAUCCGUCACAUCCUCUCACCACGACGGCCGUCCCUAUCGGCCACUAUCCGGCCUGGAUGCCGACAUGCACAUGAACUCCGCUUGGAGGAACAUGACGUCCUCAGACGCUCUGCCCACCUUCUCCCGCAAAUAUGCCAGCCUGCGACCAGCAGACUUCCCACACUCCUUCUCCCUCCCUCCUGAUGCCUCCCCUCCCUUCUUCACCCCCUCCUACCUCCGUGACUCCCGCUACAUCUCCCGCCUCGACGCCGCCCACCGAGCAAAGCUCCUAGCUCAACAGCGUGAGGCCUCAGCUAUCACAACCUCCACCUCGAACAACAACCCGCAACAACCCCUCUCCGCAUCUUCCAGCAAUGUCCACCUCCCUCGGAUGGCGCCCUCGCACCGCGGGAUGACAUAUGAUAUCAUCGAGAAGGAACCCCCCCCCACAUCAGCAACCGAUACCCCGAUGCCCCUACCAACGCAGUGGGGCGUCGACGACCGCCACGACAUCCUCGAGAUCUCCAGCGACGGGCUUGAAGUCCGCUACACAGCCGGACCCCAGCACAAGACAAACGAGCACGAAGCCGCCGCCCUACGAGCCGACAACCCCAUGCCCCCGCAAUGCGGCAUCUACUACUUCGAGAUCAAGAUCGAGUCGAAGCCGAAGGAAGGCGGCAGCGGCAGCGGCAGCAAUAACAAUAACACCUCCUCCUCCUCUGCCUCUGGAGCAGGCGCAAGUGGAAUCCGUACUGAUCUCGGCUCUUGUUGCAGGAUGGUAGCGAUCGGCCUCUCAAGUCCCAAGGCCUCGAUCGAGCGUCUGCCCGGCUGGGAAACCGAGUCCUGGGCCUACCACGGCGAUGACGGGAAGUCCUUCUUCGGCGAAUCGCAGGGCCAGGGCCGGAGUUAUGGGCCGACCUAUGGCGUCGGUGACACCGUCGGCUGCGGCGUGAAUUUCUCCACGCGCUCGGCCUUUUUCACCAAGAAUGGCGUCUUUUUGGGCACCGCGUUCUCUGGGUUACCGGAGAUUCAACUAUAUCCUUCUGUUGGGAUGAAACGGCAGCCGCCUGUCUGUUUGAAGACGAAUUUUGGACAGGAGCCGUUUGUUUUUGAUAUUGAUGGGAUGGUUAAGCAUGAGCGAGCAUCAAUCCAGGCUGAAAUCAACCUCACAAGCACGGAUACCCUCCAACCGCCCCUCGACGAAUCAUCGCUUUUGCAGGAGCUGGUGGCUCAGUUCUUGGCUCAUGAUGGCUAUGUCGAGACGGCACAUGCAUUUGCGCAAGAAGUCGCCACGGAAACGGCGGCUUUGCAAAGCGGACACGGUGCGCCGCUGAAGAAAUACGAGGUGGAGGAAGAUCAUCAUGCGGUUCAUCGGAAUAAGAUCCGCGCUGCAAUCUUGGACGGCGACAUUGACAAAGCCCUAAAGCAUACAAACGCUUACUACGCCGACGUCCUUAAAGAGCACCCGCAAAUCCACUUCAAACUCCGCUGCCGCAAAUUUAUAGAAAUGAUGCGCAAAUCACAAGAACUGCUCCUGCUCCAAGCGUCCAGCCCCACAUCUGCAUCUGCAUCCAAGCGGCGCCGCUCAGCCUCACCGGGCUUAGACGAGCACGCCGUCUUCGACCAGGAGAUGGAACUUGACGAUGGAGGCUGGGACGGAGACGGCGACGGCGACGGGAUGGAGACGGAAGAAAGCCCUAAGAUGAACGAACGAUUUAAUGAGCUUCUUACCGAAGCUGUGGAGUACGGGCAGCAGUUACGACUUGAUUAUCAUCAGUCUGGCGACGAUGGGCUUGAUCUGAAGAUGCUUGAUGAGGUAUUUUCUUUGGUAUGUUAUCCUGAUCCGAAGGGGUCGCCGCAUGGUCAUUACCUUGAUCCUGAGGGGAGGGUUGCUGUUGCUGAAGAGUUGAAUUCGGCUAUUCUUGUCUCGCUAGGCAAAAACUCCGAAGCAGCUCUUGAAAGGCUUUAUCAGCAGACCGAGGUGCUAGUCAAUGAAAUCAGCGAGGGCGGCGCUGGGGCGUUCAUCAAUGUUCGGAAUGAUCUUUUGCUAUGA